AUGCCCAACAAGACGCAUCAUACACAAAAUAUCAACACAAAGACAGCAUCGACAGCGACAGUCACAACGGCAGCAGCAAAGACGCCCUUUACAGUCGCGACCUCCGCAACCUCCACCACAGCGAAGGCAAUCACUACGACCGCCAUAAAGACAAUCAGACUGGCAGCCAUCCCGCUUCGACCGUUUUCUGCCUUAGUGCCAAAGACUUCCAGUCCUGCGACCGAUGUAGAGCUCAAAGCUCCCGCUCUGGCCGCCGCUGUGGUCACCGAUGGAGUCAGUCAUGAGAAGAACCGGCGUGCUCGCAGGGCUGAGAGAGCCGUUCUGAUAUUCCGUGAGCAGCGCCAGAAGCAACAAGCUGAAGAUGCGGCACGCCGCGAACGUUCUCAGACAGGCGGCCUUUAUCCGGCGCCUUCACUGGGCUGUUCGUCCGAUAGUGUGUUGAGCCCGUCAUCUGCUGAAAGCAACGGCAAGAAGACAAAAAAUGUCCAUUUUCACACUGGCCCCGCUAACUUGACCGCCAACCGUCAAACACUCAUCAGCACCGUGGCAAAUUGUGCGUCGCCGACUGCGAGCGCUAAUACUGUCAUCGCCUUAGAGAAAACCCCGUCGUCGAAAAAAAUGCUGCCAACGCCCUCUUCAGAGCUAGCAGAAGUCAUAUCAGUAGCAGGCUUUGGCCAGACGAUGGACAGUGGUGUUGAUCAGGGCGUCGUGGCAAGCAUGAAGAGGAAGAGCGACAUCGCUCUGAUGGGCAGCGAUGCCGAAGAGGGCAACGAGUCGGACGAAUCAAAUGCCAGCUUUAUAAUGACCCGAACUGCUGGCAAGCGCCGUGGUAAUUUGAGUAGCGGUGACAUGUUGGCCAACGAGAUACUGCACGAUAUCAACGAAGAUCUCAAUACCAUGGCGGAAGAAGCCGAGGAGUGUGACCCCAUCAAACGUUUGCAUCGGGGCUAUAUGAACGAAGCUGUUGCUAUGGCUCAGUUAGCUUUGCGGACGAAUGAGACCCCUGUCGGCUGUGUUCUUGUUCACAAUGGUCGUGUCAUCGCCAAAGGCAUGAAUGCGACUAACAUGACUCGCAACGGGACCCGUCAUGCUGAGUUGAUGUGUCUGAACGCUCUGUUGGCGCAAUGGGACGAUGUCAGCGAUGUUGAUUCGCGGCGUGCCGAUGAUUCCGAUUGCGACAGUGCUCAAGACUACGACAACGACACGGACGAGUUCACAGACAGAGACUGGGCCCGGGUCAAUCCAAGCAAAGGGCACCUCUUUCCCUACGGUCAGAAACUGCACCCCGCUCGUGUCGUCAAUCCGGACAUUGUCCGUGGGUGCUCCCUGUACGUUACCGUCGAGCCGUGUAUCAUGUGUGCCUCAAUGCUACGCCAGUACGGGAUCAAAAAGGUCUACUUUGGAGCCGCCAACGACAAGUUCGGAGGCACCGGUGGUGUGCUGCGCAUUCACAUGAACUCGAAGCCUAACGAGCCUGCGGCCCAGAAUGCCACCUACAUCGAGACCUAUGUUACCAACAUGAUGUCGAAGCCACGACGCACGCGGACGGUUCGCCAACCCCUCGAAGGUACCGGAGGCAGCACAUCUAUGCCCUCGGACAAGGGUAUGCCUGCUGACUCGUCGUCGGAAUUGGAUGGCCCUCCUAUGAACAAUCCGCCCAUCGUGCGCCGUGCUUCAACUAUUCCCAUUGCCGAAGGUUCAGUCCCUGCUAGAGACUCGGGACAUGGCGGAAACGUCGAGCCAGGUUUUGAUGUUGAAGGCGGAUGGGGCCGCGAUAAGGCAGUUUUUCUCCUUCGGCAGUUCUAUGUUCAAGAGAACGGUCGGGCGCCGGCGCCACGCAAAAAGGAGGGCCGAGCUCAGCGCCUGGUUGAGCAGAUGAAGAGUGAGAGUAGUAGUAGCGUUAAGCUUCCCUCGUCUGUCAGUGGUCAUCAAGCUGAGAUGGAGGUGGAGCUGGACUCUCUGCCACUGGAAGCGUCAUCGCCGUCUCGUCCUGUGGAAGGGCCAUUGGGGAGCAUGGAAGUGGACAUGAGCACGGAAAAUGCCUUGACCGACUAG